UUUUUUGUUUCGGGGCGUGGCGAAGAAGCUAAUACAGGUGAUAGAAGUGUUAUAUUGCGCAGGAGAACGCGCUUUAAGUGCUUAAAAUGGUCGAUAUUUGUAUUACUUUAAGAGUUUAUUUGAGUAUUCACACGGGAGGAAACGCCCACUAAGCUCUGGGCGGCUCGCUGGGAUUUAUGUACGGGUUCAUACAGCGCUUUGGGAAGUAGCCAACCUAGUUUGUGAACCCAAAGAUGGCUGACAAAGUGAAAAUGCUGGGCCUCUUUUUUGACAACGACCAGGGGAAAGGGUACAGUUCUGGGGAGGUUGUGUCUGGACACAUCCUCAUAGACCUUUCUGUACCUAUUCAAAUCACAGCCAUCAGACUGCACGUCACAGGAUGUGCCCGAGUGGGUUGGAUUGAUGGAUCACAAAUCCGAACUUUAGGUGCUUUUAGCUUAGUCUCUACUCCUUCAUCUUUAUUUCAGUGUGCUGAAGAGAGGGAAUACCUCUGUCUGUCAAAAACACUUCUGGAAGCAACAGCAGAUAAUGAUGGACUCAUGCUUGAAGAAGGGCGGCACGAGAUUCCCUUUGAAUUGGAACUACCUCAAAGACACCUUGUGUCCUCUUUUACUGGAAAGCAUGGCAGUGUUUGCUAUUUGGUCAAGGCUGUUCUGCAAAGGCCAAACCACCACGAUCAACAUGUAUGCAGAGAGCUCCCUAUCAUCAGCCAUGUUGAUGUCAAUUCUCCAGAAUUGGUGUGCCCUGUUUCAGAAAACAAUGAGAAGAUGGUUGGCCGUUGGAUCCUUGCUUCAGGUCCUGUCUCCCUGAAAGUCAACAUAGAACGUACAGGUUACAAUAAUGGAGAGUUAGUUCCAAUCUAUGCAGAAAUUGAGAACUGCUCCUCUCGACUUGUCAUGCCUAAGGCGGUAAUAUACCAGAUCCAGACCUACAAAGCCAAAGGAAAGACUAUAAGCUGUAAGCAGGUAGUGGCCAGUGUGAGAGGUAAUCACGUCCCGUCUGGCUGCUCCGUCACAUGGAACGGAAAAACACUGAAGAUACCGCCAGUCUCUCCUUCCAUCCUUAAUUCUGACAUCCUGAGAGUGGAAUACUCGCUAGCUGUUAUAGUUCAGAUACCAGGUGCCAAGAAACUGAAGGUGGAGUUUCCCGUCGUGAUUGGCACUACUCCCUACAAUGACUUUGCCAGCCGCAGCCUUAGCAUGAUCAGUGGAUUCAGCACCGGCUGGCUCCCUCUCACCCUUCCAGACACACCUGAAGCUCCUCCAAACUAUGCAGAUGUUGUGCCACAAGAGGAGUUUGAGCAGCACCGCCCACCUGUUUCACCUUCUCAGCAGUCAGAAGAACUGGAGAGGCAGCCAGCCAGCCAAACCUUUUCUUACAUUCAUGAGUUUCGCUUCCGUCCACCUCCACUGUACUCAGAGAUUGACCCAAACCCAAUGGAAUAUCAGACAGUGUUUUCUGUCUGAGGGAGGUACCAAACACAUGGAUGCCAAGGACAUUUUAUGUAUUGCUGUUCCUUAUUUGAAGGAGACCAAAGUAAAAACAUCACUUAUUUGGAUUAAUGGAGACUCGGAUGCUGGGAACACAUUAUGUAGACCCAUCUGAUAGACCAUCUAAAAGAGUAUAUUAGAUUUGGAUUAGAUUUACCAAGAGGGAUGUAUUCUGUAACCAGUAACUGUGUAUGUACAGUAUGUUUACAGUAGCUAUAGCAGUCUAUAGUGCCUGUGGGCUGUGAAAGAUCAUUGAAAAACACACACACACACACAAACAACAAAAGCUUGGGUACCUGUUUACAUUUUGAAUUGUUCUAGAGUGUGUGACUAGAGUGACUGUUGCUGUCAUUGACAAAGAACAAAACCUCUGUUUACUUUGUUACUACUCUUUCCUUUGAAUACCUGCUGUGAGAACAUAUACAGUGCAACAGUGCUGUUCUCUGAAUACAUGCACUAAAUCAAAAAGCACUUUACAUGUAUAUGGGCUUUACAUUGAUUUGAUUGAUAAGCCCUUUGCACUUGGAUUUAACUGCUGCUCAACACUACUUUUAGUUCCACUUUAUCCAAUCUGAUGUUAAAAUGUUCUGAUUAUGACUUCACUCACAGUGCCUUGCUGAUCUCAGAAAGUAUAAAUACCACCAGCUAUGUGAAUUUGUAGUUCUCAGAAUUCUGUUGGUCACAUUCAUAAACUUGGUUCACUACAAAACUAGCCACAAUUUGCUAAGAAUAAUGAGCUAAUAAUGUUUACAUAACUGCUAAACUUGAGUGCAGGUAUGUAUUGAAUAAAUGUUGCUACACCUCAUAAGCUCUUAAUAACUUAAAUAUAAAUAACUCUUAAUUAACUUAAUUGCCAUUAUGCCGAAAUACUGAAAUGUGAACAAAUGUCUUGUUCUUAUUUUGGAAAAAAUGUGAACCCAAAGGGAAUUUUGUUUGGUUUGUAAAAGUAUUUUUGUAAAAUAUUGUUUUCAGUAAAGCGACAAAAUAUUUUCACAUGCACAAAUGUAUUUGCAUAUUUAUUUAUUUUUUUGUGUGUAAAUGCAUGCUCACUUCCACCUUAAAUUCCACCUUAAAUGUGUCAGCUCGACCAGCUGUUCCAAAACAAGCCAUAGUAUUUGAGAAGCUUACGUUAACAAGUUCUGUUUUAUUAUUUCAAUCAAUACUAGUAAAAUAGUAAAUAUAUAUCUAACUCAUGUUUUCUCAAGGUUUCUGUUCCACCAGAACAGAAACCAGUUUGUUUUUCAAUAAUAAAUUUAAUGUAUUUAAA